AUGAUGAAGCUUCUAUCAGUAGACUGUGGAAACGAGGGCAGUGGGCACGCGCUUGAAAGGCUGCAGGCGCCAUGGGGCAGAGUGAGAAACGGCGCAAACACCCAGCAGCUGCAGGGGCAAAAACGGCCCGGGGAUCCCGCCGAAGCCUGCGCAGCCAUCGCGGUCAUGGGCGCGCGGCGCCCCCCUUUCCAAGUCCGGGGGAGCCACGCGGCGGGGAGGAAGCCGGCGGCCGCCCGCGGGAUUCCGCAAGGUUGCGGGCGGAAGCGCUGGUGGCGGCGAGCCCGGGAGGCAGCCUCCGGAGGCCCGCUACCAGCCCCGAAGCCGCCGGCGCCCGCCGCGUCCCCGGGCGAGAUGGACCUGGGCGCUCAGCGGGAACGCUGGGAGACGUUCAGGAAGCGGCGGGGCCUCAGCUGCGAGGGCGCCGCCAAGUUCCUGCUGGACACCUUCGAGUACCCGGGCCUGGUGUACCACACCGGCGGCUGCCACUGCGGCGCGGUCCGCUUCGCCGUCUGGGCCCCCGCAGACCUGCGCGUGGUGGAUUGCAGCUGCAGGCUGUGCAGGAAGAAGCAGCACCGGCACUUCCUCGUCCCGGCCUCGCGCUUCACUCUCCUGCUGGGCGCCGAGAGCAUCGUCACGUACCGAUCCCACACGCACCCGGCGCUGCACAGCUUCUGCAGCAGGUGCGGGGUGCAGUUCCACGCGUCUGUCUCUGACCCCGGGGUUUACGGCGUCGCCCCGCACUGCCUGGACGCGGGCACCGUGCGCAGUGUGGUCAUCGAGGAGGUCGACGGUGGCAACUGGGGGGAGGAGGCCACGAAGGAGCUCAAGGCCAUCCAGAACGCGUCUCCCGAGUGAGCCCCUGCCUCUCCU